AUGAACAAGUACUACAACGAGCGGGUCGCCAACCGCAAGGCGCAGAUCGCGAAGACCAUACACGAGGUGUGCAGGAUCGUUCAGGAUGUCCUCAAGGAGGUCGAGCUCCAGGAGCCCCGGUUCAUCUCCUCGCUCACAGACUACAACGGCCGCUUCGACGGCCUGGAGGUCGUCUCGCCGCACGAGUUCGAGAUCGUCAUCUACCUGAACCAGAUGGGCGUCCUGAACUUCGUCGACGACGGCUCGCUGCCCGGAUGCGCCGUGCUCAAGCUGAGCGACGGCAGGAAGCGCUCCAUGUCCCUCUGGGUGGAGUUCAUCACCGCCUCCGGCUACCUGUCCGCCAGGAAGAUCAGGUCGCGCUUCCAGACGCUCGUGGCGCAGGCGUGCGACAAGUGCUCGUAUCGAGACUGCGUCAAGAUGAUCGCGGAGACGACCGAAGUGAAACUGAGGAUACGCGAGAGGUACAUAGUGCAGAUAACGCCUGCGUUCAAGUGCGCCGGCCUCUGGCCUCGUUCGGCGGCGCACUGGCCUCUACCGGCGAUCCCGUGGCCGCAUCCGAAUAUCGUUGCGGAAGUGAAGACGGAGGGAUUCGACCUUCUAUCCAAGGAGUGCCUCGCCCUGCAGGGCAAGAACUCCGCGAUGGAGGGCGACGCGUGGGUGCUCAGCUUCUUCGAGGCAGAGAACCGCCUGCUGCAAGGCGGCUGCCGGCGCAAGUGCCUCAGCAUACUGAAGACGAUCAGGGACCGCCACUUAGACCUGCCCGGGAACCCGGUCACGUGCUACCAUAUGAAGACGCUGCUGCUAUACGAGUGCGAGAAGCACCCGAGGGAGCACGAAUGGGACGAGGCGGCUAUAGGCGACAGGAUCAACGGGAUCUUCCUGCAGCUAAUCUCGUCGCUGCAGUGCCGCAGGUGCCCCCACUACUUCCUGCCGCACGUGGACCUGUUCAAGGGCAAGUCGCCGACGGCGCUGGAGAACGCCGCCAAGCAGGUGUGGCGCCUGACACGGGAGAUGCUCACGAAUUCCAGGGCGUUCGAGAAGCUU